AUGCCAAAUUUGGGCCAUAACGGGACAGUCGGAAGCGGACGUGAAUGGCUGCCGCGAAAAAAGAAGAAUAAGAAGAAGAUAUUUACAAGACGGACGGAAAGGGCUGACUCACUCGGCCAACACUCUUCCAGUUCACCUCGGCACCAGUACAACUGCUGGUAUUGUGCCUCGCGUCGGCUUGUUUAUCGAUAAGAUCAAGCCGCGCAUUGACACCUCGGCGCCGCAGAAGAAGCUCGCGUCUCCAGGCCUCCCUCUUGGUACCACUUUGUACCGUUUCAAAACAUUUAAUUAG